AUGCAGCCAUUUUGUUGGUCAGCAGGAGCUCAGAAGCCAGAAAAUGUCAUAGUAGAAGAAUCCAGCAUCAUCGUCCUCAGCAAGCUAUUUGGAGAUAUUAACCUCACUCUUGGGAUGCUGAACAAGGAAGAUAAUAAUAACAAGGAAGACAUUUACAGUCAUCUUACUUCUGUCGUUCAGAAUGCUGAUAUCUUGGAUGAUGCAAUUGUCCAACGAUUGAUUUAUUAUACUUCUAAGGACAUGAGAGAUGACAACAUCCUCAGAGAAAUCAGAAUGCUAGCUGGUGAGGUAUUGGUGUCUCUGGCUGCACAUGAUUUCAACUCUGUGAUGUACGAAGUACAAAGUAACUUCCGGAUUCUAGAGCUACCAAAUGAAUUUGUUGUGCUUGCCCUGGCUGAACUGGCAACCAGCUAUGUGUCCCAGAGCAUUCCCUUCAUGAUGAUGACCCUGCUCACCAUGCAAACCAUGCUCAGGCUAGCUGAGGAUGAACAGAUGAAACAAACUUUCUGUAUUGCCCUUGAGAAGUUCAGCAAAGCCAUUUACAAGUAUGUCAACCACUGGAGAGAUUUCCCCUAUCCCAAGUUGGACGCUAACCGCCUCUCCGACAAGAUCUUCAUGCUGUUUCGGUACAUAAUGGAGAAAUGGGCCCCCCUGGCCUCACCCGAGCACACUUUGGCUAUAAUUAAGGCCCAUGGUCCAACAGUAAGCCUGUUAUUGCAUAGAGAAGACUUCCAUGAAUACGCCCUGAACCAGGUGCCAUGGCUCCUGCAACAGUACAAAGACGCAGAGACUGAUUUCUAUGUCACACAGAGUCUAAAACAGAUUUUAACGGCAGCAGCCUUUUAUGACAUUGGCAUUCCCAGGAACCUGAGAAAAUCCAUCUUUAUCCAUUUACAACACCAGAUCUGCCGAGUUCCAGAGCCUCCAAUAAAGGAAAACGAAGUGGAAGCUUCCAGCUGUUUCAUCAUUUUAGCCCAUUCCUGUCCAGCAGAACUGCUUGAAUUUUUUGAUGAGCAAAUCAGAAGUAACAAUGAGAUUGUUCGAGUAGGAAUCUUAACUUUGUUGAGAUCAGUCAUCAAUGCUGAGGAGCCCAGAUUGAGGGAUUAUGUCAUGUCCAUUGAAAGAACAACCAAAGUUGUCAUGGGGGACCCCAGUAUAAAAGUAAGGUAUGCCACACUUCUCCUCAUCCAAACUAUGUGUGAAAAGUGCUACAUCGAAGCCCGGGAAGGAUGGCCCUUGAUUGAUUAUAUCUUCUCCCAGUUUGCAGCAUCCCACAAAAAACUGGAGAAGCCGGUGAAACCCAUGGAUGAAAAGGGAGAGAAAUAUAUUCAAGAAACAAGCCUUAAGGUCUUAAAAUCUCUAGAUCCACUGGUCAUUGGAAUGCCCCAGGUGCUAUGGCCAAGAAUCCUGACUUUUGUGGUCCCUGUAGAAUAUACGGGAACUCUGGAGCACCUGUUUAAUAUCAUCAGAAUUCUGGUUAUGGCAGAGGAAAGGAAGAAGCAUGAUAUCAAGCAGUCAACAGCACUUGUCAUCUCUACAGGAGCUGUCAAUCUUCCUUCACCACAUCAGCUACUGGCAAGACUUCUGGUAAUAUCUAUGCUUGCAAGCUUGGGGAAAUUAUGUGGGGCUGGUGCAAUAGGACUUUUGAAGAUAUUCCCUGGAAUAAUUCAUCCAAAUUUGGUAGACCUAUGGAAAACACGUUUACCUGAGCUCCUGCAACCUCUAGAAGGAAAAAAUGCCAGCAUUGUGCUAUGGGAAACCAUGCUGCUUCAGUUGCUUAAAGAAUCUUUGUGGAAAAUCAAUGACAAGGCCUGGACCAUUCAACUGAGUCAUGAUUUCAGCAAGCAAAUGGACAGUUACAGCAAUACCUCCAUGGAAAAGAAAUUCCUUUGGAAAGCCUUAGGAACCACCUUAGCCUCCUGCCAAGAUACAGACUUUGUAAGCUCACAGAUUAAGGAAUUUCUGGUUUCUCCCAGCCAGCUGGGGGACCAAAGACAGGGAACAACAUCUGUUUUAGGAUAUUGUGCAGAGAGCCACCUGGAUAUUGUCCUAAAAGUACUCAAAACAUUCCAAGAUGAGGAGAAGUUUUUUAUCAAUCGAUGUAAGGGCAUUUUUUCUGGGAAAAGGACCCUGACUAAGAUUGACCUCAUAGUGAUCUACGGAGCAGUGGCCCUGCAUGCUCCCAAGCUACAACUUCUCACAAGGCUUGACCACGACAUCAUGGCCCGAAUCCUGUUUCUGUAUAGCCAGUGUUCUCAGGUUCUGGGUUUAUCUGUGAUGAAUAAGGACAUGGACCUGCAAAUGAGUUUCACAAGAAGCAUCACUGAGAUUGGCAUUGCCAUCCAAGAUGCUGAGGAUCACGGGUUCCAGUUUUGCUACAAGGAAAUGCUGAUAGAUUUCAUGCUGAACUUGAUAAAGGAUGAGCCCUUGGAUUCCUUAGCUAGUCCUGUUCGGUGGAAAGCCUUAAUUGCCAUCAGAUAUUUAAGCAAACUGAAACCUCGGCUCUCAUUGAAGGGCCAUCUUAAUAUUCUUGAAGAGAAUAUCCGAAGGCUCUUGCCACUUCCACCUCUGGAAAAGCUCAGAAGUGAGGGUGAGACGGAGAAGGACAAGGAGCACAUUAAUUUUCUAUAUGAAAGAUCCAUGGAUGCUCUAGGAAAACUUCUGAGGACCAUGAUAUGGGAUAAUGAUGAUGCAGACGACUGUGAAGAAAUGUUUAAUCUUCUCCGAAUGUGGCUUGUUUCACCAAAAGAGUGGGAACGAGAAAGAGCCUUCCAGAUUAUUGCUAAAGUACUGACAAAUGAUAUUACGGCACCACAGAAUUUCAAAGUUGGGUCACUCCUUGGGCUCUUGGUUCCUCACUCGUGUGACACUCUGCCCAGCAUUCGUCAAGCAGCUACUAGCUCAACCAUUGGUCUGUUCUGUGUAAAAGGCAUUCACCUGGAAAUGGAAAGACUUCAGGAUUUACAGGAAGGGCUGGUAUGUGAUGAUGUGCAGGUCCAGGUCAAGAUUGCCUCCAAAAUAGCUAAGAUUGUCUGCAAAUUCAUCCCAAGUGAAGAAAUUCUGAUGUUCUUGGAGGAAACACUGGAUGGUCUGGAAACCCUCAAUGCCAUGUGCGCAAAAGCCUGUGGCAUAUGGUUGAUUGCAACCCUGAAGGAACAUGGAGUUGCUCUGGAAGAUCAGCUGCUGGAUAUUCUGAACACAGUUUACCACCACAUGCCUGUCCUCAGACAAAAGGAGGAAAGUUUCCAGUUUAUGCUAGAAGCCAUCUCCCAGAUAGCCAGCUUCCACAUGGAUGCAGUGGUUGUCAACCUCCUUCAGAAGCCUCUGCCCUUUGACAGGGACACAAAGACAUUGUGGAAAACACUGGCUGAAAACCCAGCUUCCGGUGGCAAGCUCAUUCGAGCCUUGAUAGACAAACUGCAGGUCCGGUUAGAAGAUGACAUCGCUGGGGCAGAAGCAAUUGCAGUGGCCUGUGCUAUGUAUGAAGUGCUCUCAAUGGGAGGCCCUGUCACUAGCUUGUAUCCAGAACUGUUCACGCUCCUCCUGAAGCUGGUCAGCUGUACGCUGGGCCAGAAGAUGCCCAUUUCAGCCCUGAACCACAGGCGGCGUGUGAUGCAACCAGGGGAACGACAGCAGACUCCAGACCCCUGCAGGCUCUCAAUAGCAACCCUGAAGUGUCUGCAAGCCCAAGCCAUGAAAGAAGGUCUUGCGAAAGAAUCUGAGGAGGGGGAUAAUUUAUGGACCCUGCUUAGCAGUCCUGAGAACCAUCACAUAGGAGUGUGUGUGCUCGCCAGGAGCAUGGCAGUCUGGCAACAUGGCGUCAUACUGGACAUCAUGGUAUACCUCCUUCCAUCUCUCACCUCCUCCUCGGAGAACUACCGGAUAACUGGCACCGCUUUCUUCUCUGAGCUCAUGAAGGAGCCAGUCCUGUGGAAGCAUGGAAAUCUGCGAGAGGUUCUGAUCUUGAUGGAUCAGAGUGCCUGGGACACCAACGCUACUCUGAGGCAAAUGGCCAUCCGGGGACUUGGUAACACAGCAUCUGGGGCCCCUCACAAGGUAAAGAAGCAUAAGCAGAUAAUGUUAGAGUCUGUCAUCAGAGGUCUCUAUCACCUGGCUCGCACAGAGGUCGUCUGUGAAAGCUUGAAGGCCCUCAAAAAGAUCAUGGAGCUUCUCACAGACAGAGAUGUGAGCUUCUACUUCAAGGAAAUAGUGCUGCAAACAAGAACCUUCUUUGAAGACGAGCAAGAUGAUGUGAGACUGACCGCCAUCCUCUUAUUUGAGAAUCUGGCAUCCCUAACAGGAAGAAGGUGGAAACCCUUUUUUGCUGAAGAAAUUAAAAAGAGCAUGAUUUCAUUUCUUCUUCAUCUCUGGGAUCCCAAUCCUAAGAUUGGAACUGCUUGCCGUGAUGUCCUGGUCAUCUGCAUACCAUUCCUGGGCCUGCAAGAACUCUAUGGGGUUUUAGAUCAUCUCCUCGUUCAGGACCUGCCAAGGGCCAGGGAUUUCUAUAGACAAUUCUGUGUAAAACUGGCAAAGAAAAACCAGGAAAUUCUGUGGAUCCUCCAUACACACACAUUCACCUUCUUCACCAGUAACUGGGAGGUGAUCAGAAGCUCAGCUGUCAAACUCACAGACGCUAUCAUUCUCAAUUUGACCAACCAAUAUGUGGAGUUAUUAGACAGAGAGCAAUUGACCACACGGCUCCAAGCACUUCGUCAGGACACCUGCGUCAGUGUCCAGAGAGCUGCUGAAGCCUCCUUACAGACCCUCCUAAGAAGGUGUAGAGAGAUAAGCAUCCCACUGUAA